GCAAAGAAGACGGUCCCACUCAACACCAACCAGCCUCGUCACUCUAUCAGACUUCACCAUGUCGGCUCUUCGCGAUGCUACGCUAUGCGUCUUGGGAUGUGGCAAUUUGGGAACAGCCAUUCUGCAGAAUCUGGUCGACUCCACUUCUGAGAGCCUCCCUUUUGCCAAAUUCAUCGCAUGUGUACGAUCUGAAAAGUCCCAGAAAUCUCUGAGCGAGAAGUUUUCAAAGCAUCAGCAAAAAGUAACCGUGUAUCGCGGAGAGAAUGUCAAGGCGGUCCAAGAGUGCAAUGUGGUCAUCCUUGGAGCGGAUCCCGCUGAUAUCGACGGUGUGUUGACGCAACCUGCGUGGGUAGUGCGCACGCUGCCUAACAUUUCGGCAAUUGCAUCGCAGGGACUUACAGCCAUUGAGUUCGAGAACUCUGAGCCCGUGUUACCUGAUGAGUAUUUGCAACUGACGACGUCAAUCUUCGAGAAGGUUGGCAAGACAGUUCAAAUUCAGCCGAGGCUCAUGAACGCCACUACCGCUGUGGGAGGAUCCACGCCAGCCUUCUUCGCAGUAAUUUGCGAUGCCCUGAUUGACGCUGCUGUUGCCGUUGGAGUGCCUCGGAACGCGGCUCAAACUAUGAUUUAUCAGUCCAUGAUGGGCACCGCCACUAUGCUCCAGAGUGGCAUUCACCCCGGCGUAUUAAAGGAUCAGGGAACUUCUCCUGAAGGUUGCACCAUUGGAGGGCUCAUGGUUAUGGAAGAAGGGGCGGUUCGGGGUACACUUGGGCGGGCUCUACGGGAGGCUGUUACGAUUGCCCGUCUGAUGGAGACUCCGCUCUAUGAGAGGAACUCGCCUGAGCGCAUCCAGGUCGAGGCCGCUCUGAAGAAGCUUCGCUCUGAGCUCCCCGUCCGCAGCGAGAUCUUCUACAAUGGCGUCUCUCAAAAGAUUCACAAGUCCGAGGACCAAGUGCUCCCUUCAGAGCACGCCACCACCUUUACCAACUACCCCCUGGCCACCAAGGAGCAGGUCUCCGAGGCCAUUGAGGCGGCCCUGGCGGCCAAGCAGAGCUGGCAGGACACGCCCUUCGUGGACCGAGUCGCCAUCUUCCAAAAGGCCGCUGAGCUGGUCACCACCAAGUACCGCCAUGAGCUGAUCGCCGCCACCAUGCUGGGCCAGGGCAAGAACGUGUGGCAGGGCGAGAUCGAUGCCGCCGCCGAGUUGGCCGAUUUCUUCCGCCUCAACUGCAACUACGCUGCCGAGAUUCUGGAGCGCCAGCCCACCCGUGGCAGCGACGGAAUGUGGAGUCGGCUGGACUACCGACCUCUUGAGGGUUUCGUGUAUGCCAUUUCCCCCUUCAACUUCACUGCCCUCGGUGGUGCCCUGGUCUCCGCCCCUGCCCUGAUGGGCAACGUUGUGCUCUGGAAGCCCUCGCAAUACAACAUCUACGCCAGCACCAUCAUCUACAAUAUCCUCCUCGAGGCCGGUCUGCCUCCCAACGUUAUCCAGUUCGUCCCCGGUGACGCCGCGGAGAUUACCGACAUCUGCCUGGCUCACCGCGAGUUCGCUGGCCUGAACUUUAUCGGAUCCUCCGACAUCUUCCGCUCCAUCUACGGCAAGAUCGGCGAGGGCAUCGGAAAGAAGACGUACCGCGAAUUCCCCCGCGUUGUCGGAGAGACCAGCGGCAAGAACUUCCACCUUCUACACCCUACCGCCGAUGUCACCAGCGCUGUCAACCACACCAUCCGUGGUUCCUUCGAGUACCAGGGCCAGAAGUGCUCUGCCACCUCCCGAGUUUACGUCCCCGAGUCUCGCGCUGCUGAGUUCAUGACCGGCCUCAAGGCUGGCAUUGACAAGAUUACCAUUGGCAGCCCGGACAAGGACUUUGAGGCCUUCAUGGGUCCCGUCAUCCACCGGCGUUCAUUCGAUAAGAUCAAGUCCAUCAUCGACAAGAGCAACAAGGACCCCGAGCUUGAGCUGAUUGCCGGUGGCAAGUACGACGACUCUGUUGGUUUCUACGUCGAGCCUACCGUUUACAAGGCGUCGUCUCCCGACCACCAGUUGUUUAACGAGGAGAUCUUCGGACCCGUCCUCGCCGUCUAUGUUUACCCCGAUGCCGAGUGGAAGACAGUUCUUAAGCAGGUUGACCAGGCCGGUGGCGGCCUCGCCCUGACCGGUGCCGUUUUCGCUCAGAGCCGAGCCGCUCUCCGUGAGGCUGAAGAUGCUCUUCGAUACUCUGCUGGUAACUUCUACCUUAACUGCAAGACUACCGCUGCCCUUAUCGGCCAGCAGUCCUUUGGCGGUGCCCGUGGCAGUGGAACCACCGACAGGGCGGGCAGCUCGGAUAUUCUCCGCCGCUUCACUGCCCCCCGACUGAUUAAGGAGGAGUUCUUCAACCAGUCUGGGUUCUUCUACCCUAGCAACCAUGCUUCUUAGAAUUUCGGGUGUUUAAAAAUAUCUACUAGAAUGUACAGAAUAAAAUAAAAGA